ACUCUUGCCCCGUCGAUACUCUGCCCACAACGAUGGCAGGACGUAUUCAUGCAGUACCAAUAAGCCCAGGGGUAACAGCGCCCUUUGCGCCACGACACAUUCUUGAGGGGUUGCGCGAGGGUUCUCUGUUUCCUCUGGGCAAACCAUGUGACCUUCCGAAAUACGAUGGUGAAGUGACGAUAAGAGACGUCGUGUACGUCGCAUCAUACAACUGGGUGGACGCAGCCCAUCCGACAAUCGUCGUUCCAGAUCUUCAGGAUCACCACGUCUGUGGGUGGAGAGACCCCUCCCAUUUCUGGUGCAGCCAGACUAUUAUAGCAGCCAGAUCCACGUGGACCAGCAUGCAUAUCGAAUGCCUCAAAAUCCCAUGCUGCCCAUGUUUCGAGCUGCAGACAUAAUGAUGGCCUUAGAGCCGGGAAAUAGUACGAUCGAUUGGUCAUCUGUAGACAUCGUGACCGACCGAAACAGCCUUCGAAAGCUUUUGAGGUGGAUAGAUUUCGUUGAAACCGGAGCUUACUGGAAGCGUCCUCCUUGGGACUUCCGCAUCGACACCCAGCUAGUAGGCCAGAAAACUAUAAUACUGCAACGAUGGCAAGAGUCAGCGUUCCAAACUGUUGACUGGGGGUCGUACGGUGAGACAUACGAGACAGCAGCGACAAGGUCGGCGGAGGGAUUUAAAGGAAGUUUGGGGCAUCAUCGCAUCAUCAAAUAUGACUUCGACGGUCUCAUUAUGGUCGUUCGAUAUGAGUGCGAUGCGGCGAAAGAAGACAGUCAAAGCGCAUGGAACAUGGAUGAUGACGAUUUGUCCGGAAUAUUGUCGGCUCUGUCGGUGUCCGCGCGCACACUUAUGAAGUCAGAAGAUAUCAAAGUACUUCGCGGAGGUGAAGUUAUUGCUCAGGACGCAAUUGUCGAACUGAAGACCCAUAAAGAAGGAGGACGAAUAAAUUGGAAGAAGACGUAUCCACAACUCUUUCUAUCCCAAACAUCGCAUUGCCACGUUGCAACUCAUUCAGACGGCUUGUUUCAUAACGUCACGAAGCACGAAUCUGGAGAUGCCUGCAUGACUACUUAUGCCGGGACGAAUGAGGCGAGAUUACGGCAACUCAGACGAGUCCUUGAGCAUACCAGAGAAAUAGUAGUCGAAGAGGAUGUAGCGGCGAGGCUUAGCUUGGUUUGCCAGAAUGGUUGGUUGGAUGUUCGACAAAGGAUCAAAGAGGAUGACUUGCUUCCGAAGGACGUAUUAGCACGAUUCGUGGUUUAGUGGCCGGCUUAUGAAUAGCGCCGGCAUGAUUGUACGAUAGGAGAAAGUGUAUAUGAUUCGACGGUGAUGCAAAUUUGACACUGACGUUCUUG